AUGUCAGUUCCAUCCACUUACACUCUGAAAUCAGGUUAUAAGAUUCCAUCAAUUGCAAUUGGUGUCUUUAAAACACCAGUUGAUGAAGCUACAGCAAUUGUUCACAAGGCUCUUCAAGUUGGUUAUAGACAUAUUGAUUCUGCUCAAAUUUAUAAAAAUGAAAAACAAAGUAUUGAUGGUAUUGCUAAAUGGAUCAAAGAAAAUCCAGAAAACAAUAAAAGAGAAGAUGUUUUCUUUACAACCAAAAUUUUCAAUGAUGAUCAAGGUUAUGAACUUGCAAAAGCUGCUAUUGAAAGAAGUUUAGAAAAUAUUAAAGAUAUUUCUUCAUACAUUGAUUUAGUUUUAAUCCAUUCACCAAGAACUGAUAAAGAUAGAAGAUUAGGAACUUGGAAAGCAUUACAAGAAUAUGCUAAAGCUGGUAAAAUCCAUACAAUUGGUGUUUCAAACUUUGGUGCUAGACAUUUAGAUGAAUUGUACGCUUGGGAAGGUUUUGAAAUCCCACCUUCAAUCAAUCAAGUUGAGUUACAUCCAUGGUUAUUAAGAGAAAACUUAGUCAAAUAUUCCAAUGAAAAGGGUAUUGUUUUAGAAGCUUAUGCACCAUUAGUUAGAGGUCAAAAAUUUGAUGAUCCAAAACUUAAUGAAUUAAGUAAAAAAUAUGGUAAAACACCAGCUCAAAUCUUAAUCAGAUGGUCUUUACAAAAAGGUUUUGUUACUUUACCAAAAACUGCUAAUUUGGAUAGAUUAGCUUCAAAUUUGGAUGUUUUCAAUUUUGAAUUGAGUCAAGAAGAUGUUGAUUAUUUGAGUGAUCCUGAAAGUCACUACAUUUCUAGUUUACUCUCCAAAGACGACCCAACAGAAUUUGAAGGUUAA